UACCCAACUUAUUUCUGACAAUGAAAUGAGGGAAUCACACCUACCACUCACAACUGAUCUAUAAAAGAUAUAGCUAUACAGCUAAGAGGCAAUCCACUCUGAAAUAUGGAUACUGAUAGAGGAAUAUGUCCUAACUGUGGGCAAGGCGAGACUGGUAAAAUGAUAUUCCACGAUAUAUAUUGUUAUGAUGUCUACAUAUUAUCACCACAGUGUCCUCAUACUCCAAAUCAGUGUAAAAUUGAUUUUUACAUGGCUGAAAAUAUUGUCAAACCUCUGGAAGAGGAAGGCUAUAACUGUUACUAUGCUUCGAGAAACAUUCCUGGAGGAAAAAUGCUCAUACAGGCAAUGAGUUAUCCAAUAUCCAUUAUCCCAGUUACUGUUGUGCCAGUCUUCCGGGACAGUGCGUUUAUUGGUCUUCAGAAUUUUAUACUAAGGCCAAAAUACCUGGAUAGGGUGGUAUUCAUUUUAUUUGAUUCUACACAAAUAUUUCCUCUAGUGUCACAGAACACUUAUUCAAUACACGUGGAUGAUAAAUUCCUUCUACCUAAGUUGAUUGAAACUAUUAGAAGUAAAACCCAGCAAUUACCACUGGAGGAGAGGAAAAUGAAGUAUGAGAGAAUGAAAGAAAAUGAUCAAGAAUCGACUGUGUCUUCCACUACAUCAGACUUUCACAGGCAGAUUUCAUUUAGAAGGUCAAAUAGAUCUGCAAAGUCUGACUUCACUAUUUCUUCAACUAUAUCAGAAGUUCACAGUCAGAUUCAAUUUAGAAGAACCAGCAUUGCCUUUCCAGAAAUACAUCUAGGUGAAGCGGUGUCGAUUGAAGAUGUAAAACGAUUGGCAUCAACAGCAGAAAUUCUGUAUUACUGCUCCCACGAGGAAGAAAGGAUUCGAUAUGUUGCUGCAAUAACAUUGACAAAAGCAAUUCAGAAGAAUAUAACCACCUUUUCUAUGAAUGCACAUUUACAAGAAUUUGAGAAUGCAUUGAAUCAUACUAUGAAUCAAGAAUGCACCAAAAAAUGGAAUAAAAGUCUUGAAUUUACAAAAUUAUGCUUCUGGAUCUCAGCAUUAGCCUACAUUAAAGUGGGCAAAUAUCACAUAACCCUUAAGGCUCAUAUGAAAUGUGUGACAUUAAAAAAACGGAAAGCCACCAAGAACCAAUUUGAUCUCUGCCAAACAUACCAGAAACUCAUUGUCUGCAUCCUCAAAAAAGUCAAAACACCGUCAAAUCGUUUGGAUGGUAGUAACUUGCUUAUAAAAAACCUGCAAUCGUAUAUUUCCAUUCUAGAUGGCAAGACAUCUUUCUCUUCUGGAAAAGCAAGAAAUGAAAACAACAUUUUAGCCAAUUUGCCCUGGGAUGCGAAACACAUCUAUGUAUCAAUCAUUACAGAAAAGAUAAUUGCGAAGAAAUUUUCGUUUUCUAUUGAGGACUUUUUCAAACAUAUUUGCUCUUUGGUUGGGAAGAAACAUUGGGACAUUUUUCUCCCAGUGGUUGAAAAAGUAACUGAAUAUAUUCUGGAAAAUGGCACAGGUGCAUGUUAUGAACCACUGAAGCUUUUGGAGAUGAUUUGGAAUCUCCAGAAAACCACAGGAAAAAAACAUAGAUUAACGAUGAUUCUGAAACACUUCUCCCAAAAACUUUUAUAUCAUCCUGUACAUGAUGUCAGGAAAUUCAUUACUCCAUUUUUAUUUGAAUGCUUAUGUGGAAAAGGUGUUGAACUAUUAGGCAGUGCUUGCAUACAAGUAGAUCAGGACAUUGUUGACAGAUGCAUGCAUGAAAAACUAUCAAGUAGCAACCUAGAUCUGACCAUCAAAGAACAAGUGAAGGCAGGUCCAUUUUUCUUUAAAUUUGAGAUAAAAACCCCAAAUUGUGACAAUGCCUUAUUAUAUAUGCUCAAGCAAAAUACUUUAAAUGACAUACUACAAACAAAUUCUACAGAUUGUGCUUUCGAACAAUUCCAGGAAAUGUCAAGAGCUGUAGAAAUAUGCCAAGGCAAUGAUAAUAUUAUUGAGUUGCUAAGCACAACAGAAACUGAUAUACUUCCAUUUUACAUGGUUGAACAUGGAAAGCCAUUGCUACAGUACCUGCAUGAGAAAGAGAACCAGCUUACUUGGACACAAAUGAUUGAUAUACUGAUUGAUGUCACUAAAGCAAUUGAUCAUUGUCAUGGUAAACGUGUCAUCUUACGAGACAUCACUGCUGCCAGCUUUGUAGUAAUACCAAAGGUUAAUGAAACUUAUCAAACAAAGCUUGCUAGCUUUCAGUAUGCAAAACACAUUCAAACUGAGGAGAAUAAUAUUUCUGCAUCUUAUUAUGAAGAAGACACUGACAAGUUCUUCUUUCGAGGUGAUGGAAAUGAACCGGUUGCCGUUUAUUUCACUGCACCAGAAACACUGGAAAAGAAGAUCUUUACAAAUUAUACAGAGACAUGGAUGCUUACUGCAAGUAUUUAUUCAAUCCUUCUCUAUGGCAGACAACCGUUUCAAGAACUAGCUCACCUCACAUUGUUUCAAUAUGUGAAAGAGAUAACAUCUGACCACAAGGUACAAAUUCCAAAUUCCUUCGCACCUGACUUGUGGGCCAUUAUAAGCCGCAAUUUGGACUACAAGCCAGACAAUCGAACAGAUGUUACUAAUUUACUACAGGACUUGGUAACGUAUAAAAAUAACCUAGGACCCAAAGGCAACACAAUUUACAGAGUGAAAUCAGUGUGUUGUUUGAUUACUCCAGAUGAUAUCCAAAGGGGUCAUAUAGACAACAAAGGAUAUUUUAUCCAGGAAAUCAAUCAAGAAAAUUCACAAAAAGUCUACAAAGAUCAUUUUAACAGGACCAAUUACCUACAUGAGGUAGUAUCUGUCAGAAUGUGCCUUGAAACAAGGAAAAAAAUAAAAGAAUUAAAUCACCUAAAUCUGUUAGGAAUGCGAGACAUCAAGAGCCAUCCUUAUACAACUGAGUUGGUAUCUUAUCCUUUUACCGAAUACACCUGUACACUGGAAACACUCAGUGCCGAUACUGGAAUGAAUGAUCUUCUCACUUACUUUGGACAGCUCACUUCCGCUUUGCAGUAUCUGCACUCAAACGAUAUAGUCCACUGCAAUUUGCAGUGCAGUCAUAUUUAUGUAAAUCCAAAACAGAGAACACUAAUAUUGGGCCACUUUGGACGGGCGGUAUAUAUAAGGAAGCCAGUCUAUCCAUAUGUCUUCAAAAUGAUGCCUCCAGAAGCAGAAAAAUGGUCAGCACCAGAAGUGAUAAAACAUGGGAUGUACUCACGUGAAUCUGACAUUUUUAACUUGGCCAUUGUAUUCUGGGAAGCUAUUAGUAAUCAGAAAAUGACAUCCAAUAACUAUCAACUUAAGCCAUUUAAACAGUGUACUAGCUACAUGGAAAUAUUCAGUACAUUUCCAGACAGUUCAGACACACAGGGAGAUUGCCUCUAUGAACUUUGUAAAUGCAUGCAAAAUUGCUGGAAUCCAAAUCAGACAAAGAGACCAUCAAUUGAUCAAAUAGUAAAUACCAUCAUGUUAAUCGAAAGAGAUUGCACACUCCGGUAAGUGUUUAAUUGGUUGGUUUUUGGUUAAAUAAUUGUGUGGGGAAUAUGUUUCCAAUGUCAGGAUUAGUAUUAAGCACAGCACACAACAAAAUAGUCUGUAAUGAAGCUCAAUACCUAAUAUUGCUACAUUAGCAUACUCUUAACCCACAAAUCUGAUAUGUUACAGCACAAAAUAGAGCAAUACAUAUAAUAUAACUCAUUGUUAUUUAUUGUGCAAUAUAAUUAUUGUAAAAAAAACAAUCAUAUUGAACCCACACUAUACCAAGAGGCAACCAGUUUUGUAGAAAUGAAAAGCACAUAGUAUAUAAUUCCCACUAAUUAAACAAAAUAUAAAUAGAACAUAUGAUACAAAAUCAAUCAUAUUAAUAAAUCAAAAAAGGUCAAAGUGCUAGAUUUGUAGAGAAUAAUAAAAUAUUUUCUACCUUGCUUGGUCCAAAUGUGGCACUUUCCUUCAAAACAGAAGUUAUUAUUUUAUGAUCCACGCUGGUGGUCUUGCAAUGUAAAUCAUUGUUUUUUACUUACACUACAUUCUACAGACACUAUGAUACUGGUGGUCCCCACACGUAAUUCUUCUAAAGAUGCUGGUUGAUGAGAAGGUCUAUUAGCUGGUAGCUGGCUGACUGUACAUAGAUUGUGUUCAUUGACAUCCAUAGCAUUUUUCCUAUUCUCCC